UUGUUUCAGUGGGGUUUGUUGUCGUUUUUUUGGUGUUUGUGUUUGGCUUUUCAGAAAACCCACAAUUUUCCGGGCUUUAGUGAAAAUCUACCCUGAAAUUCUUUAUUAAAACAUUUGUAAACAUCCUGUGCUGUCUUUUGUGUUAAAAACUUUGUGUUUUGUCCCCAAACAAACGUGUUCUGAACAAAAACAGUGAGUGUUGAGAAAAGUGAGGUUAUCUUGUGGAAUUCCGGCAAAAAAAAUCGAACAGACAAAUUUUCCCUCAGCCGCUAAUGAGGUACAUAAGAUGCGUACAUCAUGUUCAUUUUGAUACAAAGAUCAUGGAGACACGAAGAUCAAGAGACUAACCGCACGUUUUACGGCCACCUUUAGUGAGAUCGGUGCAUGUUGCGGUGAAAUGAGGAGGCAGUUGAGAUUUUUCCGAUAGAAUCGUGCGCUUUAGAGUAUUUUGGGAAUGGAUGAGAAUUUCACAGAGAUGGACGUGAUGAAGGUAUCUGAGGAGGAGCUGAGGCAGAUGCGACGCGACAGGGAGAAGAUGAGUGAGGAGUUUCAACAUUUUCUCGAAAUGAAUCUCAAAAAAUCAUCGCAUGAUGACAAUAAAUCACAAAUAGAAUGUGAGCUGGCACAGCAGCAGCAGCAGCAGAAAGUACUGAAUUCAUUAAAUGUAACACAAGCUGCUAGAAACUUGAAUGAAUCCCCAAGGUCUCCUCUUCAUCUUUCACCUCGCGAUGGGAUGAAGACACCGCGCGGGAUUUCAUCAUCGGCAAUGAGCAUUAGAGAUGCUAUGGCACGAGAAUCACCGUCGAAGGCGGUGAAAUCAGUCGUUGGUGGUGGUGACGAUGAAAAAAAGAUACCACCUCAUGGCAGGAGGACAGCACCAGCUGAUGAGAUGACAGUGUGCAAGAAGGUGAAGUCUUAUGAUCCAAUCGAGACAAGGAGGUAUAUGCGCGAUCAACAGAGGAAGCGUCAAGAGGAGCUCAAGAAGACCAUUACGGAUGAUCGGGCACGAAAGCAGGAGAUACAGAAGAGGCUGAGUGAACUCCAGGAGAGUACACGACGUAUCCUGGGGAGAAAUGUGAAGCAAAAGGUGGGAAAAGAUGUGAGAAAGGUCGGUGCACCAAAUCACCGAGUAAAAGCAACAAAACCACCAAUGGACAUGCCGAAGAAGGCUGCAGUGGCUAAAGAUGCCACAAUCAUCAUAAGCUCACCGGGAAGUCAGAAACUUGUGGAUCAAGCUGCAAUAAAAGGUAGCAAUGCUACUAAAUCUCCACGCAUAAAUACAACUGAACGUUACGACCAACAAGGGAACUUUCAUCGCAAUGUGAGAAUUACUGGAACACCUAAAAUACCACAGAGUGUGAACAUAAAUGAUUUAGGUGAUAGGAAUCUCCUUCUUGAAAAAGAUAAAUCAAUUUGCGAAAAAAAUCCACAAACUCCGGAGAGUGGGAUGAAAACUGAUGAAACUGCGAGUGUCAAAAGGGCCAUUGCUGUGGGUGAAGACAGUGCACGAACGAAAUCAAUUGAGGAGAAACUCGAAGUUCCAUCGCAUCUCAAACUCUCACCGUCAAAAGGUGAGAAGAAAAAGAAACAUCCCCGUGGGAAUCUUCCUCAUUGGCUUCGUCCAACGACCAUUAAUACCUACCCGUAUGAUUUUAUAACGUCCGUCAGGGAGAAACUUGAUGCAAUAUCCAAUGCAAAACUUCCCGAAAAAUCUUCAUUCACAAUCACAAAUAUCCACAAAGACCUUCCAACAUCCCUCUCAUCGGGUAGUGGACGAGACGCAAAGACGGACGAAUGGACAGACAUUAAUCGUUGGACGCGUCAGCAGGAGUACAACGCCAACAGAGGUAGAACGUCGAACACACAGAGUCUCGAGGAUCCACCCCUAUUCCCAGGGAGCUACAUAAAAAAAUCCCACCAAAAGUCUGAUGUGAAGAAGAAAUCCGAUCAGAAGAGUACAUCAGAUCCAUUGACGAAUUUUUCCUCAAUGUCCAUCCAUGUCCCAGAUUCCAAUACAAUCUCCGACAUUAGUUCCAUUCAAUCGGAAAUUUUUCCCUCGAGCAUCCGUCUGAGUAGUACAAAGAUCACAAAUCAAAAUGAAAGAGCUGCUUCCGUGUCUGAUGGCGCAAAGACGGCAAAUGCCUCCCUGGUGGAGGAGACCCACAUCUCGGGCGAAUCAGUGAAGGGAGUUGCCGACGAGUGUAUUGCACCCGUGCCGCGAGACAAUAAUCAAUUGAGUCCACUGUCCACGGAACUGGCUGAUACAAUGAGGAUUAUGUCACCGCGACGGCGGGAAAGAGGCGAAUUGGUGAUUAUGAAAGCGACCAACGACGAUGGGAACAAUAAUGAGGGUGGUGGGAAAAUUGGUGGAUUCAGCAAUCUAUCGAGUGAUAAAUUCCAACCUCUUGACACGUCGGCCAAUAAAGCAGAAAUCCACGGGGGAAAUCUCACGGAUUUAUUGGAAGCAUUCAACCGGAGUCUCUCUCAAGUCAUUCAAAUGAAUCAGCAAUUGUAUUCAGCACUCAGCAAGUCGCCAAACGUGCCGAAAAUGAUAAAGAAUCCGCAAGAAAAUGCGCUGGAGUGCGUGAAGGAAAUUCCUGAGGAUGCCACAAAGCAGCAGCAGCAGCCGCCUGUAGAUGUUGAGGGCAUAUUUGAGGAAGUAAAGUCAACGGUGAAGAAUGCAGAUGGUCAGAAGCUCGAUGAUGCAACAGCACUCCGGGAGAGCGUCAGCGAGAUUGAUGGGUCGGAAGGAGUGGACAAGAGCGGUGAAAUUGAUUUGGGCCCCAUUGCUGUUAAUUGCAGAGACAACAUGAACGCGGGGGCAAGCAAUGGGCUCGCGGCAAGAGCUGCAAAAGACCUGGCAAGAGAUGGUGAUUUGAUGGAUGCCAAGGAGGCAAAUAGCACGAUUGGCAGUGAUAUAUUUGCGGUGUUCAAUCAAACCGACAUGGAAGUGUCGUACGUCUCAUCUGGUGGCGACGAAGCCAGAGAAACUUCAAUAACUUACUCAAAUAUUGGCCUCUUUGAACAGAUGAUCAAGACGGAAAAAUUGAAAGGAGAUCACCUAAUGACGAUGAUCCGGAUGCGUGAGAAGGCCCUGAUUGAUCGUACAAGGGGUCAAAUUGCAUGGCUUGAGCUGCAGAAGAAGAGAUUCCGGGAGAAGGGAAAAGUUCUGGAGAUAACAGCCAUCAGGAAGAAGCAACGAGCGAUCCUCCUCAAGUUGGAACGUGAGCGUGGGCAACUUCAGAAGCAGCUACAGUUGCAGAGUCAACCAACAUCGAGGAAAUCACCGAGUCACAGGGUCAGAGUUGUGGAGAAAACAUUUUCCAAUAUUGUGACGCUCAGGAGAUCGCCAAUCCCAUCGGAGAAUCGUGGUGCCCUCAAAGGGUACGAAAUGGAAGCUGGGACAACGCUUGAAAGAUUACUUGAACAGAGAGAACAGGAGCUUCAGAAGCGUCGUAAACACGUAGAAUUCCUGAUACAAUGGCACCAGAGGCUUGAGAAGGAGGAAAAAGACGUUAAGGAGAUUGAGAAGAAACUCCUAAAUUGCAAUCUUGAACGAUUUGCUGAGAAGAAUAUUCCAGCCUUGAUGGAAAUCCCGGAUGUUCCUGGGAAAGAUGAUGGAACCCUCAGGAGAGUGGAAGAAAUCGAUCGAAGUCUGCAGCUUCUCAGUAGUAUUGUGGAGAAGAGUGAGGAGGAAGUUGUUGAAGUUCGUGGAAUGAAACUCAAUUUGCUGUGGAAGAAACUCAUUGGGCGGGAAGAGAAUAAAUUCCUUCCGGAGAAAGUCUACAGAAUGACCAGGGAGGAUUUUUCGCAACUCUACGAGGAGGCAAAGAUUGCUGUUCUCCGGGAAUUUCACAAUGAACGACAUAUUCGGCAUCUUCUUGAGGAAUCCAUGACAUCAGCUACGAAGGAAUCAGCUUCGCAUAAUUCCACAGAGGAGAAAACUCUCAUUGAUGAUUUUCGGGAGUACACAACGGAUGAUUUUGAAACAGUAACUUCAGUACGUGAGACUGCCAAUGAAUUGGGGAAUGAUGCUCAUCCUAAGGGGAGUGGUCAGGAAAAUGUGGAGGAUUCUUUUGAGGAGGAAGAAGCUUCAAAAAGUAACGGAGAAGAAUCUCAAAUUGAGAAUUUUUCCAAAAACUCAGAAUUUAAAGGAAAUUCCGAAGCUCCAGAGGAAGUUUUGGCAGCAUUGAGUGCUUCUCAAGAGGCAGCAGAGGAUACUUUUCAGGGGGAUUCUUUGAGAAUUCAAGAAGUGACCGAAGAAACCCCAAAAACGGAAAUUCCUUCUGCACUCUUUAGUCCAGAGAUCAUCAGCCAAGCCGAUGAGGAACAAUUAAUCAGCGAAAUGACUCUACCAUCAUUCAGUGAGACAACAAUUGUGGAAGAACCCACACUGGAGGAGAUUGAAGGGACCGAGGAGGAGGAGGAAGAGGAGGAAGAAGCACAAAUAGCGGAGAGAAGUGAGAUUGUGGAGAAAUCUCACGAGAAUACUUCACAACAACAACAUUCUGAGGGUGAGAGAGAAAAAUUCUCAGAUAGCGCCUUAUCAGUGCAUUCCACAGCAGAGAAUCUCGAUAAGACACCCAACAUAUCUCAAGAGUCUCUCAAUACGCUUCAAGAUGUAGAAUCAGUCCCAAUUGAGAGUCUACAGGAUGACGAAGAGGUGGAUGAGGAGGAGGAAAAGGACAUCCCCACGGAAUUGGAGAAGAGAAUUAUUCAAGUUGAUGUGAGUCUCAAGGAUUUGAGUAGCACAAUGGAGAAAUCUCCAAUUCUUGAGGUACUCAGUCCACGGAACGGAUCAUCUACAUCUGCUGGGUCAUCCACUUCAUCCCCAGAAGCUUCCCUGGAGUCGUCAGAGGGUACCACCAACCAAGAGGAGAAAACUGAGGAGAAUGUCUCAAAUGAGGAAGAAAGUAUCCCGCAGGAGAGCUCAAGUCGCUACAGUGGUCAAGAAUCCUAUUCGGAGGGGUUUCAGAAAUCCCCGGAUGAUUCCCAGGGGGCAGGGAAUUAUUCCCAGCAGAAGAUUCGUGACUACAAAAUUCCCAACAGAAUGCCAGACAUCAUCAGCGAAGCGGAAUUGCUGAGGAGGCAACAGAUGCAGAUUGAACAGGAAAUUAAGCAACUUGAGCAAACUGUUCCGGCGGUUUUCCUCCGGGAGAUACCCAACAAACCACCCCCACCGUACGUCCCACCAGCUCAGGACAGUCCUCUGGCAACAAUCUUCCCUUCGGAGGAGCGUGUUGUGGAUCUCGUUAUGAAUCGCACGAAGGAACUUUUCUUCUCAACAAAUCCAGAAGCGGAUAAAUCAGAUGGCUAUGGCAUCACAAAUGUCUACGAGAAGAUCAUCAUUGGGAUGUGCGAGGAGAUCUUUGGGGAGAUCAAGGAAACCCUUGACACGCACUACGAUGCCCCAUUUCAGCGGGUACGUCUCUACAAGAAUAAACUCUGCUUCUACAACCCUCCGGAUCGUCUGAAAUGCAUCCAGGAGCACAUUCUCGAGGCAAUUCGACAGAUUCUCCAAGGUGGUGGGAACUAUUCACGCAUCCAGGCCAGCUGUCGUCGUAAACGCGAUCAAAUUGAUGAGAUUGUCAUCGAGGAGAUGCUGGAGGAUGACUGGAAGUGGAGUAAUUUCCAAAUUGAGGAAACAGAAGUUUUGGACAUGAUGACGGAGACAAUUUUCAGUACACUCCUGGAGGAUGCCAUCCGGGAUGUAGAUGUGGCAUUCACGAAGAAAUUCCCACACAACUAACACACUAAAUUCCAAUGUGCCUGGUAUUUUGUACUUAAAAAAAAUUUAAAGGUUUCGUGACUUUUUUGCAAAA